GCGCAGAAUCUGGACGAGCGGCCAGGGUCCCCCCUCGGGAGGCCGCACGAUGGUUCAGGCCGCCGAGGGAGCUGCGAGCUUGGGGUUUAAACGCGCCAGCUACUCCAGCGGGCUGGGGCGAGCGCCAGCGAGGCGGCCAGGGCGAGUGACACGCAGAACUGACACCAUGGUUCAGCAGGUGCUGUACCGGGCGCUAGUCUCCACCAAGUGGCUGGCGGAGUCCAUCCGGUCUGGCAAGCUGGGGCCCAGCCUGAGGGUGCUGGAUGCAUCCUGGUACUCACCAGGAACCCGCCAGGCCCGCCAGGAGUACCAGGAGCGCCAUGUGCCGGGUGCCUCUUUCUUUGAUAUAGAGGAGUGCCGGGACUCAGCUUCACCCUACGAGAUGAUGCUGCCCAGCGAGGCCUUCUUUGGGGACUAUGUGGGCCGCCUGGGCAUCAGCAAUCACACCCACGUGGUGGUGUAUGACGGUGAUGACUUGGGCAGCUUCUAUGCCCCCCGAGUAUGGUGGAUGUUCCGAGUGUUUGGUCACCGCACGGUGUCAGUGCUGAAUGGUGGCUUCCGGAACUGGUUGAAGGAGGGCCACCCAGUGACAUCUGAGCCCUCACCCGAGCCGGGAGUUUUCAAAGCCACACUGAACCGCUCCCUGCUCAAGACCUAUGAACAGGUGCUGGAGAACAUGGAAUCUAAGAGGUUCCAGCUGGUGGAUUCACGAGCCCAAGGUCGAUACCUGGGCACUGAGCCAGAGCCGGAUGCAGUAGGACUGGAUUCUGGCCACAUCCGUGGUGCACUCAACAUGCCCUUCAUGGACUUCCUGACAGAGGACGGCUUUGAGAAGAGUCCCGAGGAGCUCCGCGCCAUGUUCCAGGCCAAGAAGGUGGACCUCGCUCAGCCGCUCAUCGCCACAUGCCGCAAGGGUGUCACCGCCUGCCACAUCGCGCUGGCUGCCUACCUCUGUGGCAAGCCUGAUGUGGCGGUGUAUGAUGGCUCCUGGUCAGAGUGGUUCCGCAGGGCACCCCCUGAGACCGUCGUGUCCCAGGGGAAGGGCGAGAGGGCCUGAGCUCCGCCUUUCUGUGCACUAACUGCAGCCAGCUUAGACAGCCUGGUGCCACCUGCAGCUGCCUUCCGCCUCUUAUACACAGGAGAUCCACACAUCUUUAAAAUUGCCGUGAGAGCUCACCCUUCCCCAACAACACUGGAAUAA